AUGGCAAGGAGAUGUCUAUCAGUGAAUGAAGUCCACAACAAGAUGAGAAGGUGGACAGUGCUUGUGCAAGUCGUGGAGAAAUCACACGUGUUAACUAGUAACGGAUCGCCACCUAUCAGAUUUCAGCGUCUCGUGUUAAUAGAUUCUGAGGGGACUAUGGUUUCAGCUGUCAUUUAUGGAAACGACAUUCGUUAUUUUGCUAAUCUGCUGCAACCAUUCAAGCGAUACUAUAUCACUAGUGGAACUGUCAAAAAACAGGAUGCAAAGUAUAAAGUUAGUGACUAUCAGUUCUCAUGGGUGCUUCAUAACAAGACAUUAGUUGAAGAGUAUGUCGAGCCAAAUCCACCAAUGCUACCAUGCACUUUUGAAUUCACCAAAUUUGAAGACCUUUUUAGGUCCGCAGACACGGAGAAUGUUCAGAAUUUACAAGCUGUUGUUGUCACUGCAUUUGCGACAAAGGAACAGAAUAAUGGGUGUACAACAAGAGACUUCAUUGUUGUGAAUGAAGAGAAAAAACCAAUGCUUCUUACUCUUUGGAAUGAGUUCGAACAAAAUCAGGGAACACAGCUUGCAAACAGCAUUGGGAAUGCCAACGUUAUCAUUGGCAUAAAGCUGAAAAUCACAACUUUUAAUUACUUAUCCCUGACAACCAAGCCUGGGAGUGGCCUUCUGAUUAAUCCUCCCACUUCUGAAGCAAAUGCACUCAAAGAAUGGUAUAAUGCAAAUACAGAAGAAAUUGCAGAAUUGAUACAACAAAUGGCAUACAAAGAUUCAUCUAAGCUGCUGCCACCUCCAAGUGCUAAUGACAUGAUCAGUGUAGCUAAUGCACUUAACACACUCAAAGAUGUGAAAACAGUUUGGAUAACAGGAAAAAUCAGUUUGUCCCUUGGACAACAAAAAUUCUGGUUUGAAGCAUGUGAGAACUGCCAAAAGGCUAUCAAUGUUGACGUAGGAUGGGUUAUGAGAUGCCCAUCUUGCAAAGAAGAGAGCAGAGUUGUAGCAAGGUAA